UCAAUAUUUAACCUGUCUUUUUCACAAAAACUACAUAGGUUUAUCAUCCGUCAUAAUAUUAUUUAGAAUUCUAAUCAAACAUUUGUGAAGUGGUAAUAGUUUGAAAAUAAUCAUUACUUGAAUACCACUGAAGAAACACUUGGAUGAACAUUAAAAAUAGAAUUAAAACAAAACAUUUAGCGUCGCUUUUCUGCUUGCUUAUUUUGUGUCAGCACUGUGCUUUGAUUUUGUCGUAUUCUCGAAUUGAUACACGGAACACAUAAGUUUUAUCGGUUUUUCAAUAUGGCACAAUCGGACAGCGAAAGUUUAUCAGAUACGGAGUCGAGAGAAGCAAUUGAAAGAUCUCCGGAAGAUUCGGGCAGUUCAAAAGAAUCGUACCAUUCAAAUAAAGAUGAUAACGUGAAAGAAAAUUCUCCUCGAGAAUCAGAAUCCAUUCCCGCAAACGUAUCUACCAAGAAUGAAUCCGGAACUUCUACAAGGGAAGUGAGGAGUACGGUGAAACGUGAGACAAGCGCAGAUGAGACCGGUAUGGAUAACAUGUUCGCUAGCGUCUGGGUCAAGGUGGAGAUGGAGGAGGAGGAGAAAGAGCCUGAUGAGGACAUGACAGAUGUGAACUACGAACCGCCAUCCACGAGAAGAAUGAAAAAGAAACGCAAAGAAAUGUCGAACAAUUCUAAAGACGUGAAAAAAGCACGCAAGUGUCCCACCAAAGUGUUGAAAUGUCAAGUGUGCGAUUACACGACCGUUUACAAGACCGGUCUGAUCAUGCACAUGAUUGGUCACACGACUGAAAAGAAAUAUUGCUGUUCCGAAUGCAACUACAAGUCCAAAUAUCGCAACGCUCUCACCAGGCACAUAAGAAUCGAGCAUCAGGCGGGCAAUGAGGCGCCUAGCGAACCAAAAAAUAAGUUUAAAUGUGACCAAUGCGAUUAUACGGCCAAUUUCAAGUGGAAUCUUAAAGCGCACAAGCGUAAACACAACAUAGAGAAACAAUACAAAUGUGACAAUUGUAAUUUCGAGACAGCGUAUCGCCACAACUUCUUGAAGCAUAGCCGAACUCACGCGAGCAAAGACAAACCCAUGUCUUUUUAUAAGUGCGAUAAAUGUCCGUUUGUGACUAAAUACGAAGGUCACAUCACUAGGCAUUUGGCGAAAAUUCACAACGAAGUGACUGACACAGCUUAUAAGUGUGAAACGUGCGAUUUCUCCACAAGAGUCAAAUGGAGAUUGAACAUUCACAGGGGCAGAAGUAAGCAAGACAAUAUUCUGCAUUGUCCACACUGCCAUUUUGAAACUUAUUACAUGUGCGAACAUAAGAAACAUAAGGUAUUGCAUUACGAUGUUGUGUACGGUAACAAAAGUGAUUAUACGGAGACACAUAACUCUCAAAUUGAUGCUACAACGGGUUUUUACAGCGCUGAACAGAAUGUGAGGUAUAAAGAUGAUUACGUUAAUCACCAGAAUGAGACCCAGAAAGAGUACACGACGGAUCCAAAUUGCAUAGACUGGAAAAACAUAAAAGUAUUGGAAUCGGACGACAAGGAAAGACCGUUCCAAUGUCUCAUGUGUACGUACACGUCCCGUUACAAGGCCGCUGUCAAACGUCACUACCAGAGACACCACACGGGCACAAGGAACAGGCCGUACGAGUGCAUCCACUGCGGUUUCUCGACUAAAACCAAAGACAAGAUCUCUUUACACAACAGACGGAGCAAAUCUGACAUCAAUUUGGCAUGUCCAGUGUGUGAGUACAACACAUUUUACAAAUGUCAAUACGUUAUACAUCAGAAGGAGCAUUACGAGAACAAAUGUUCAGAUUGUGAAUACUCCGCUAAAAGGAAAUAUGAGUUGCAGAAACAUUAUUUGACCGUGCACAUGGGGAACGGUUUGAAGUGUCAGUUCUGCGAUUACACAGCGACUAGGAAGGAAAGUCUGUUAUGCCAUGAAACUAUACACACCGGUUCUAAACCUUUCAAGUGCAACUUUUGUGAUUACACAGGCGUUAGGAGUUACCUAUUGAACAAGCACAUGAAGAGGUAUCACAGUAAUUUCAUGACGGACAUUGUUGUUGUGAGCGAAAGUAAAAUUGAAUCUUUGAAACACGAGGCCCUCGUGAAUACGGUCAGCAGGGAAUCGUUGGAUUUCUCGUGAGCUGUAAUUUUUUAUAGAUCAAAUGUUGUUCUAAAACGAAUUUUACUCUUGUAUGCAUUAUGGCACGUAUUACACAAAAGUUUAUAAACUAAAAGACAGCUUUUUUAAAGAACAGUACCUGGGUGACCGAGCGGCGCUCGGUGGACGUAAAAAAAAAUCCAUAAAAAGUAAUGAAAACAAAACAAAAAUCAUCAAAAAAGGACUGUCAUUUGUCGAGAAUCGAACCCAGUUCUCCGACGUGAAAAGCGAUUACAAGAAAUACCGCGCUGGACGCGCUACUAGUAAAACGCGCGCGGCAAAGUUAUCUAUCUUGUAUGGGACAAACGAAAUUCAUGAGUCAUGGGACCCAGCUAAAUCGAUUUUAUACGCCCGCAUGUCACCAUAAAAUAACAAUAGCCGCACAUUUAUAAACUUCAUAAGAAAUUCCUCUGAAGAGUUAUGAAUGUGGAUGAAGCGAAGGAAGUAUGCAGAGAUCGUGGCAAGAUGUAGUCUCUGCCUACCCCACGGGGAAGAAGGAGUGAUUUUAUGUAUUUAUUUAUUUAAAAUUUUAUUGCACAAUAAAAAAUUUACAAAAGGCGGACUUAAUGCCGUUUGUCAUUCUCUACCAGUCGACCAGCUGACCGAACGGAAAAAACUUUAAGUUGGUGGUGCGAUAAAGUGCACAUGCAUAUUAAAAAAAUACAUACGUUAAUGUGUGUGUAUGUUCCUAAAAACUUUCGUAGGAUUCUAAACGUGACAUGAAUUGUAUUAUAAAAUUAGUAUAAUAAUAAAAAUAAUAUCAAAUUAAAAAACAACACCCAUAAAACUUUUUUAAGUUCCAUCGAUUUAUCCAACCAUCAUCCACAUACAUCUAUAUCCCUUUACGGGGUAGACAGAGCCAACAGUUUUGAAAAAAAUCUAAAGGUCACAAUCUGUUCUAUUGAGAUUCAGAAAGUGACAGGUUGCUAGCCCAUCGCCUAAAAGAAUAAUCCCAAGUUUAUUAGUGUUUUCCUUAAUUGACUUUCACAAACAGCACGGAAAGAGAAGCAGCCGGCACACACUAUGUUUUUGCAUACAUACAUGUAAUCACGUGAAAAUCCCUUGCGGGGAUUUAGACAGAGCUUACAGUCUUGAAAAGACUGAUAGGCCACG